CGGUUAAGCUUCAGUCUAAAGGUAGAGCUUCAGAACAGAACACUGACUCCACUGCACUUAAGGCUGCACCACCGGUGGACAGGCAGGCUGCAGCAGAGCCACUGUCAGUUUCCAAGUGUAGGGUCAGUAGGAACACCAUGCCCCCAAGGGCUGCAGCAGGAAGAGACUGGAAGAGGGCUGCCAGAGGCAAAGCAGGAGGCCGGGAGAGAGGGAGGGACCCAGAGGGGCAGCAGAAAGCCUCUCAGCUCACAGACCCGAGGAGAGGCACAUGACUCCCCCCUCUUUCACUGGAGCAAGGAACACCACUGACUCUGGAGUGAGAGAAGAAACUCUCCAGACUCAGAAAAGACAACCUCAAGGCUGUUCACAAGAAGACCACAGGACAUAAAAACAGACCUGGGAUAUUACAAUUACUCUAACUAGAUACAUCUUACUCCUGCCAAUGGAUUAACUGAGAGGACUGUUAUCUUUUUGGAUACUAGCACAGGUAUUGACAGAGUUGCUUGCUGUUCUUUUUAAAACGCUGGGCUUUCUGAAAAAGCAAGUUGACGGUGGUAUUUGCAUCAGAGCACAUUAUUAUGGUUAAAAACCAUUGGAUAGAAUGAAAAUGAUGGGGGAUGAGGCUAAAGCUUAACUGGAAAUGACAUAGAUAACAUCAACGGAUGUGUACCCCUGAAAAUAAGGAAACUUAUUUUGUACUCUAUUCUUUGGAAUUAUCUUGUACAAGUGAUUGCUGCUUUCCACAGAAACUUUCCCAUUUUUGUAUUGACAUUCAUCAACACUCCCAUCCUCCAAACCCUACACCACUCCUCCCGAAAGAUGUAUAACAGCACUCUGGAGACUGAUGGCAUCAGUUCUCUGGGCUUGAGCCAAAACAACACGAGCUGCAUUAAGAGUGACGGCUUCAAGUACACCAUGUACACUUCAGUCUUCAGCCUGGUCUUCAUAGUCGGGUUGCUCUUCAACAUGGUCGCAGUCUACAUCUUUGCCUGCACGCUGAAGCUGCGUAACGAGACCACCACCUACAUGAUGAACCUGGUGGUGUCCGACCUGCUCUUCGUCCUCACCCUGCCCUUCAGGAUCUUCUACUUCAUCAACAGAGACUGGCCGUUCGGCAGGGUGCUCUGCCAGCUCUCAGUCUCCCUCUUCUACACCAACAUGUACGGCAGCAUCCUCUUCCUCACCUGCAUCACCGUGGACCGCUUCCUGGCCAUCGUCUACCCAUUCCGAUCACAGGCGCUGCGGACAAAACGGAACGCCAAGCUGGCCUGCUGUGCCGUGUGGGUGUUGGUGCUGUCUGGCAGCCUGCCGACGGGCUUCCUCCUGGACACCACCUCGCUCAGAAACGAAAACUCCAACUCCUCCGUCAACUACUGCUUCGAGAACUUCUCCAACAAGCAGUGGCAGUCCAGUCUGUCCAAGGUGGUGGUGUUUAUUGAGACAGUGGGAUUCCUGAUUCCAUUGUUACUCAACGUCUUCUGCUCGGUCUCGGUCCUCCAAACACUGCGCCAGCCCCAGGCCAUCAGCCGUGGUGGCCAGUUCAACAAGACGAAGAUUCUGAGGAUGAUCGUGGUUCAUCUCCUCAUUUUCUGCUUCUGCUUCAUCCCUUAUAAUGUCAAUCUGGUGUUCUAUGCCCUGGUCCGCACCAAGCUGCUGAAAGGCUGCGCUGUGGAGUCAGUGGUGAGGACCAUCUACCCUAUCGCCCUCUGCAUUGCGGUCACCAACUGCUGUUUUGACCCAGUCAUCUACUACUUUACAUCUGAGACCAUCCAGAACUCCAUCAAACGGAAGUCGAUGGCAGUUCGCAACAAUAAGAUGUCCGUGGGGCUUCAGACAGACACGCUGAAGAGCCACAGCACCAUGCAGAACAACCUGACGACUCUGAGAGAAAAAGUAUUUCACAAUGAAUCCACUGUGUGACGUCACCACCUUGAUGAGGCAUCAAUAUUUCAGGUGACUCAAUUGUUGGUGCAACGCACCCAGAUGAUCUAAAGCAAAAGAUGAGAGAUCGGUGGUCUGGAAUGGAUUCUAUAAGAACCAUAGCAUCACAGGAAGCAAGUACAGUUGCAUUAAGGGUACCCACUAAGUCCACUGAUUCAGCUCUGAGUGUUGUCGUGUUAAGGGCAAUUCCACGGUAUCAGUGACACUAACUAGGUUUCCAUUCAAUUGGCGAAAGAUUUAUGCAAAUAUUCUAAACAUCUGCACAAUAAAAUACAUGCCAAACAAACUGGUGGAUAGAUAGAUAUCCAUCUCUCUGUGUAAUGCCAUACUGCACACAAAAUGUAAUUUCUCUUCAUGUUCAUGUACCGAAUAAAAAUCUAAAGUUCAAA